UUAGGUGUGCAAGCAUGAUACGUUUUUAGAAACAUACCCAAACCAUAAUCCAUGCCAAAAAAAAUUCUCCAAAGAGUAUUUAGUUUGAUCGCAUUUAUAAAAUAUAGAUACAGCUUUACGACUGUUUCCGAAAAUAUACUGCGCGUGCGACAGGGAGGGGUAGGCUGAACUAAAGCACGUGCAUGCGUUUCGUGUCCGCCAUCUUUUAGCGCUGGAACGGCUCCAUAUAUCAGUUUCAAACGAUCUCCAAAUCCAGCGUUAUAUCCACCGUUUAUAUAACAUUCAUCACCCAAAUGUAGUGAACAGAGAAACACCAGUACUUCGCGAACGUGUGCUCUCUCUCUCUCACAGAAAUACUACGUAAUACGCCUAACACGUUUUUUGACAAGUGGACCAUAUUAAGCACGAGAAGGCAGCACGUUUUACAAUGUAAAUAAGUCAGAAUGCGUGACACAUUGUUGCAGGGCCGCUUCAACUACAGCUGUCGUCACAGUGUUUUUGUUUGGCAAUGGCAGUGUUAAAAUAUCAAAUUGGAGACUUUGUUCUGUCGAUUUUGUCACUAAACAACACAACAAGAUGAUAUUUUAAACUCCUUAUGUAUCUCAGCUGGUUUGUAUUGGCCGCCUCUCCCUUUGUUUUGCCUCCAGCUAGCGCCAUGACGUAAACGUGAUGUACGCCGUAAGUGUUGCCAUAGAAACCGAUCAAGGAGGCGAAAAGCUCAGACGCAUUCAAUCUUUCACUGCGCUUGAAAAAUACAGUUUCUAAAAUGACUGUAAUGCAGAUUCUCGAGGUCCUUUUUCUGUCCGGAUUCAUUCGAACCGAAAAUAUUUUGACAGGAGCGAGCGCUCUCAUAUCUCCUCCAGUCUCCAACACCGUACAUAUUGGUUGUAAUCCUGGUAAACAUCUUGUGUUUGACGUCAAAACCACUCUGGAGCAGUCUGCAAAGCUAAACCAAAGAAACUUCAGCUGCGUGAAUCCUGAUCCAGUUAUACCAUGUUUUUACUAUAAAAACACAUUCUAUCCAUCCUUUCUAGUUCAGGAUCUGGUCUCUGGAGAGACUUACAGGUUUUUGGACAGCUACAUACUAAAGGUAGUAGGUGGUGGUCCUUACUCCAGGGAUAAUAUACAUCUGUACAGCCCUGAGGAAAUAUUGAGGUAUAACAGCUGGAAAUACAGUUCACAGAGAGACCUGGUGUGGGCUGUCAAACAUCAAUCUUUUAAAAUCAACAAGGAAGGCUUAAUUAUUAUGCAUGGAAACAAAAACGCUGGAAUCAGGUGGGUUUGCAAGAACAAGUCUCCUUGUAGUGAUGUCACAUUCCACGGUCAAAGUUCUCCACGUUUCUAUUUCGUCAUCAAGGUCUCAAGCAGGAAUAUGAAGACGAACUGCCAUUACUCUUCUCAGUUUGAGAUUAUUGUACAUACAAUCCCCUUGAGUGUGAGGAGAAAGGUCAUCAUUCAGACGAUGACCAUAACCUCCUUCUUUAGUGUGUUGGUGCUGUUUUGUAUGGUGCAAGGCCUGAAACAAAUUGUCACGAUUCAGUCUGUGUUUCCCUGUCUUUUUAACGUUUAGUUCGUUUUCCUGAGUUCCUGUUUCCCCAUGUCAUUUUGUAGUUCUUUGCAGUUUCUUUGAUUAUUGGUUCAGUGCUGAUUAUUGGCCGUUGUUCCUUGUUUGCCCGCUUGUUAUCCCAUGUGUAUAUGUAUCCCUAGUGUGUCAUUUGUCUUUCAGUUUCCUUGUGAUUAGAUGUUCCAUGGAUUAUAUUUGUUCCUUGUUUCUUUAUUCUUGUAUUAAAUUACUUAGUCUUGUCUAAUAAUGUAUUGCUGCAUGUGGAGUUGCUUCCUGCCUGGAUUACUCAAAUGUUACACAGAUAUUCUUAAUGUUGUUUUCACAACGUAGAAGCCCAUGCGGGAAUAUUUCAUGUAAAUGCAGUGGUCAUUUGGUCAUUCCUAAUUCAGCUUUUUGAUAAAAAGAAAAAAAAGAAAAAGAAGAAGAUGAAAAUCAAUUAGUUUAGGUAAGUUUAAUUCAUAAUCAUUUGUUGAGUCACAAUUUAGGAAGAAAAAAAGGACAAG